AUGUCUGCUUCUAUCGCUCCUCGCGCGGAUGUGAAGAUCACCAAGAUAGUCACCUCCAAGGAAUGGGUGUUGCCUCCAAGACCGAAGCCCGGCCGCAAACCCAGCAUAGACACUCCAGCCACAAAACGCAAAGCGCAGAAUCGCGCUGCUCAGCGGGCCUUCAGAGAGAGGCGCGCGAAUCGUGUUAGUGAGCUGGAGACCAAGAUCAUGGAGAUGGAAAAGGAAAGCUCCAUACGCGAGGGACUCAUGAAUAACCAAAUCAAGAUGCUUACCAACGAGAAUGGAAGGCUCUGCAAGAUGAUACAAGAUUUACAGAUGAAGCUGUCAAGAGCUGGAGCCUCGCCGCUUCAACAAGUGUCGCCCGCACCUUCUAUGAGCAAUGAUUCGCCAAAGGCCAGUGACGACUGCGCUAUUUGCACGAAGGAGGUAUGUAUCUGUGAUACAAUAGGUCUCAAAGGAACUGUUGAGAGAAAGGUAGAGCAUGUGAUCAACACGUUUAGGCCGGUGGAGGAAGUCAUCAACAACUUCAAGCCCGUUGCAUCUGUUCCCCUGAAGAGAAGGAAACGGGAGGAGGAGACCGAGAUCGAUUUCACAAGCAAGUUCAUGAAGAAGCCGAAGUCGGAAACCCCAAGGUCGGAGUUCAAAAAGCCAGAAGCCAAGAUCCCAGACCAAGGCGAGCUGUUUACAAAGACUACCGUAGAGGAAUUCACCCAGUGCGGGUUUUGCUCUGAUGACUCGCCGUGUGUUUGUCGAGAAGUUGCCAAGGAGAAUGCCAAAUACCAGCAGACUCUCAAGACGCUUCCACCAAUCAUGUACCAGGGCGCCAGUCGAAAAGAGCAGGACUCAAAGAUGCCAAAAUUAAAGAACCUGAUGGAACCAAGUGCAUGUACUGGAAACCCAGGAACCUGUCAGCAGUGUCAGCGGGAUCCAAUGAGCAGCUUGUUUUGCACGACUUUGGCAAGCAAAGAGAGCAACAUGAGGUCUGAGCCAAUGCCAGAGCCUGUAAGGACAAGUUCUAGAAGUGGAAGUGUGGACGACUAUAUUCCAUGUUCAGAUGCGUACAAGGCACUUGCGAAGCACGAAAACUUCAAGAACGCGAAUAUCACUGGAGUCAUAGGGAAGCUCAACACCAGAGGGAUGCUGGUGGAUGCUGGAAGUGUUGCAAAUGUGUUGAGAGAGCUUGACAGGAAGUUUAGCAACGAAUAG